GAUCGACGUCGCAGCCAGUGAGCAUAUCCUGUCAGUUUGCUUCCUUCCACACACGCACCUAACGAACAAGCUAGCCAACAAAUCGUUUACUUGUCAGGGUCGUGCUCACCUGAGUCCUCUCUCCCUCCUCCACUCUCGCUCGGAUCGAAAUGGCGUCCCCGUCAACGUCCGCCAAGACGACGACGUUCGCGCUGCCGAGGCUCCGGGAUCUCAUCGAGCACGACGACGAGGAGGAUGAGCUCGUCGAGGAGGAGGAGGACGACAACGAUGAGGACGACUGGGACGUGAGCAGGCGCAUGUCCCGCCUCUCCGUCGCCGGAUCCGACGGUGACGACGCCGACGACGAGGACGACGGGCGCAGAGGCGUCGACGACGAAGAUGAAGAGGACGACGACGAGGUGAGGUCGGAUGGUGCCCACGGCGAGUACGGGAGCCGGCCGUGGCACCCGUACGGGAGCCCGGGACGCCUGCAGCCCCCUUCGUCGGCGUCCCUACCGGGCACCCCGGAGCGCGGGGCGCCGUCUCAGUCGCAGUCGCCGUGGGGAUACGGCUACUCCAAGGACUACGCGAGCGAGACGGAGGCGGCGCGGUGGCCGGGCGGGGCCGGCCCGCACGAGAUGCGGAGGCAGCAGCACCGGCGGCAGCGGAUGAUGCGGGAGGUGUGGCUGGACCGCGCGUGGCAGAUACGGAAGCAGCGGCGGGAGCUGGGAGAGCGCGGCGAUCAGGCGACGGUGCUGGUCGGCGGCGAGUCCCCCGCGCGGGCCGGCGCCGUUGCCAUGGAUAUGGACGAGCUGCGCGCCUGCAAGGACCUCGGCUUCGACUUGCCGUGCGACUGGACGGUGGAGAUCCCCAGCUACGCCGUCCCCGCCGUCGACACCGGCAGCAGCGGCGGCAACUCGCCGGCCUCGGGCGGCAGCUGGCGCAUCUCCAGCCCCGGAGAUGAUCCCAAGGAAGUCAAGGCGAGGCUCAAAGUGUGGGCCCAGGCAGUGGCCCUGACAUCUGCUUCUCGGCUCGGCGCUUGAUCCGGAGCGCAUCGUCAUCAGUUCCAGAGCAACAUCAACACCACGCCUCUGUGCAAACCACCACAAUUUUCCUUCAUUUCCUCCAAAUAACCUGUUCCUGCUGCCAGAGAAACAAUUUAUUCUGCCAUCACGCGCAUGUAUAUACGUGUCCCAUUGCACGCACUUGUCCACAAAUAAGCAUUGUUUUCAUAGCAUUAGCAUCGAAAAGAAAAACAUACAGACAUGGUUUGGUUGGAUAGCUUUUUUUUCGAAUUGGAUAGCUUGAUUAGUUAGCUACGUAGGGUUGCAUAUGUUCGUCGUUGUGGGCUCUGCCUUUUUUCACAGGUCGCACGUGUCUCCUGGUGGCACGUGUGGUCGUUUCGGGUUUUUGCCGUGGCUGGUCAAUUGGCCGGCCGGCAGGGGGCGGGCCACCGGCGGUACAAAUGUGCGUUUGCCUGCCAUGAUUGCAAGAGUGCAGAUGAAUGAAGAAAGGAGAAGCAAAAAACUGAAGGCGGCAUUCAUAUAUGUGAUGUGACAGCUAACAAGAGAAAAGGAGA